AUGGUCUCCCAACCCAGACUGGGAACCUUCUCGCCGAGCCCAGUAGCGCAGCCCAUCUCCACUGGCACCGCCCAUUCUCCUCAUCCGUCUCACGCCGGCGCGCUGAGUGCGCUGAGUGCGGCCGCCAGCCCCAGCACCAGCAGCCCCACUGGGUCCAACUCCCUGACCAAGAUCGCAGUCGCCCAGGUCUACCUGCUGCUAAGUACCAUCAAGGAGGACAAGGACGAUCCCCACAAGUGGGAGUCACAAAUUGAGUCCCUGCGAAAGCUGCUCGAUGAAAACGGCAUGGAGGUGUAUACCAGAUACUUCGCCCGACUGGUGGCCGCAAAUGCUUCCCAGAUAUUCCCCGGCCAGAGCAGGCCGGGGCCGAACCCAGGGAACCACCACCUGCUAGUAGCCGAGAUGCGGAAGAUAUCCCUUGAAUUCCCCCAGGCCAGGAAAAUCGCAGAGGCUAUCGAAACCGGAACUGAGGAUGUUUUCCACAACUUUGACCUUUCCACCUUCAUGGAACACUUUCAGCUAGACGCUCUCCAGAAGACAUUGUUGGCACUCGCCUUCAAACUGGGCUCGCGAUCAGAUUUGAAGACCCGGGCCGAUGCUAUCCUUUCCACGAACUUCCCCACUUUCGUUAACAUCUUGAGCCGGUCGAACGGAGAGCACCCGAAACUCGAACCCGAUUUUGUCGCUGAGCUCGUCGACCGCUUUAUCCAGGUCCACCCGCCGAACUUUAACGCAGCCGCAAAGCGGGAACUGGAACACAAAGUACAACAUAGAUACGCCCAGUCUCCAGACGCCAAGCCGCCCCCGUCACAGGUGCUUGCCGCUCUUGAUCUCUUGCGAAUGCUGGCCGACAAAGGAGUCAAUGCCCUCACGCUUUACAUCCACCGCACCGGUGCUUCGUUUACGCUCGACGAGGAGACAUGCACCAACUAUCUCCAAAACCGGCCGAAGACGAUUCAGCUCAGCGAGGACCAAGUAGCAAUUUCACUGAUGUACACGACCAUCAGCCUGACUCCACGCCACAACCCGUCCGUUCUCGUAGCUUCCCUCAGGCGAAUUCUGCCUGAUAGCUUUAGGUGGCAGGACGUGGUGUCGGCCUUCGAUAACGGCGGCGCCCGGGUCACGUCAUCCCAGUUCUUACGCUUAUACAAUGCCUUGUUGCCGAUCGCACAAGAAGACAGCACUGAGUUCAAUAUCCAACGCUUGUGGGGCGGCGAGUGGGAGAACCCGGAGACUCAGCUAUCCUUCAUCUGCGCCUUUGCGUCGUUGAAACCGGAGCAGCUCGAUGCCACGACAAUUCCGGGCUUGAAGCCAACAUUCACGGUCCAAGAAUACUCGCAGUCUCCCACACCGAUACGGGAAACGGCAGCAUACGCUGUGAAACAUCCUUUGGUCUCCGAAGCGGCCCUCUCUGCCGUUUUCAACGUGGCGCUACACUCGAUGCACGCCUCGCAAAGCAUCGAAGCGAAGCGCCUCUUUCAAGAUGUGGUCGUUCUCAACCUGGCCAUUUUCGUUGUCUCAGCGUUUGGGGUGCCGAAGCCGUGGCCGAGCAUGGCCGAGGAUACAUUAGUGUCCCUAUUCGACAACUUCCUGACCAGGUCGCCCGAGGCUGACUUCGUCAUGGACAGCCUCUGGAGGCGGGACAAGGAAUGGGUUAAACAACGGCUCAUCGAUGCGCAUGCUCUGAAGCCCAUCAGUCUUCCGUUAAUCUUCGAGCAUGCCGUUCGUCAGAACUGGCUCGAUGAGCUCGUGUACCUACCCAUUGGUUUUGGCCUUGACCUGACAGCCCUCGCCCACGCCGAAGGGUACCUCGAUUUGCAGCAAUGGAAUCAGAGAAACCUCGACAGGGGCUCCGAGAUGGCCAGGGCAUUGCUGCAAUUCUUGCUCAUCAAAGCCAAUUUUGAACUUCAGUACCAGCGUCCUCCGGAAGGCCAAUCCCCCGCCAAGGCGAGCACAACUCUGCAAGUCCGAACCGUCCAUGCACUGCUGCAGAUCUUGGAGGGGUACUUGCCCAAAACGCCCAUGCAAGAGCUCAUUGUGGUCCAACGGACAUGCAUCACCGUCUAUCCGAGGUUGAUCAACUACGGUGAAGGGUUUGACGACAUUAUCGACGAGAACGGCCGUGAAGGGAACGCUCUCCCGCUCGCGGCCAACGCCAAGAUGGAGGAACACUACAAGAAGAUGUACGGUGACGAGAUUCAAGUCCGCAACGUCGUCGACAUCUUGGAGCGGUACAAACGCUCGCGUGACCCCCUGGACCAAGACAUCUUUGCGUGUAUGAUACACGGCCUGUUCGACGAGUACGCGCAUUAUGUCGACUACCCUCUGGAGGCGUUGGCUACGACCGCGGUGCUCUUUGGCGGCAUCAUUUCACACAAGUUGAUCUCCGACCUCCCCCUCCAAAUCGGGUUGGGUAUGAUCCUUGAGGCUGUUCGAGACCACCAUCCCGACGAGUCCAUGUACAAAUUUGGACUUCAAGCGCUCAUGCAGCUUUUCGGUCGCCUCCGCGAGUGGCCAGGCUUCUGCGCGCAACUUCUCCAGAUUCCCGGCUUGCAAGGCACCGAAGCGUGGAAAAAGGCGGAGGAGGUGGUGCGAGAGCAUGAUGAAGAACUUGCGCGGAGUCGUAAUGGCGCGAGCUUGGCCAACUCGGGGAUCGUCGGCCACGAUGCGCUGACCAACGGCAACCUCGAGGAUAGUUUGGCGGCAGAACAACACCCGCCCCCGUUCGCCUCGAUCAACGUGGAUCCUAUUGUCCCGGGUACCGCAUUUGAGGACCCCGACGAAGACGACCAGGGAAAAAUCCAAUUCGUGCUCAACAACCUCACUGAUACGACCCUUCAGUCCAUGUUCAAGGAGAUCCGCGAGAUGCUCGAAGCCAAACAUCAGCAAUGGUUUGCUAGUCAUCUAGUAGAGGAGCGUGCCAAGAUGCAACCAAAUUACCACCAUGUGUACCUGGAGCUCGUCAAGCAGUUUGAGGACAAGGCGCUGUGGGCUGAAGUCCAGCGAGAGACUUACAUUAGUGUCUCGCGCAUGUUGAACUCAGAAGGGACCAUGCAGAACUCAACCGAACGGACGCAUCUCAAGAACCUUGGAGGCUGGUUGGGGCUUCUUACCCUGGCACGCGACAAACCGAUCAGACACAAGCACAUCGCCUUCAAACAGCUUCUAAUCGAGGCGCACGACACCAAGCGGCUCAUUGUCGUGAUUCCCUUCGUGUGCAAAGUUCUCAUCCAAGGCGCUUCAUCCAACGUAUUCCGACCGCCCAAUCCUUGGUUGAUGGAUAUUAUUCAUCUGCUGAUUGAGCUCUAUCAUAAUGCUGAACUGAAGCUGAACCUUAAGUUCGAGAUCGAGGUGCUCUGCAAAGGCCUCAACCUUGAUCAUAAGGCUAUCGAGCCCUCGGGCGAGAUCCUGAACCGGGUUCCUAUUCAGGAGAUGGGCGAUAUUCUUGGGCCUGAGGUCCUUGAGAAUUUCGAGAGCCUGUCCCUCAAUGGCAUGCCCGGCGUCAACGCGCCCCUCUCGUCGCACCCAGCAUUCACCAUCCCAGAUCUUGGCCCCGACCUGUCGGUUCCUCAGACAGAGGUCGUCAGUGCCGCGAAGUUGCACGAGAUUGUGCGGCAAGCCUUGACACGCGCGUUGCAGGAUAUUAUCCAGCCCGUCGUUGAUCGGUCCGUUACUAUCGCGGCAAUUUCCACCCACCAGAUGGUCCGCAAGGACUUUGCUACCGAGCCCGACGAGAGCAAGGUGCGGACGGCUGCCAUUAACAUGGUCAAGUCGACUGCCGGCAGCCUGGCGUUGGUCACGUCCAAGGAGCCGCUGCGCGCAAAUCUUGCCAACUAUCUGCGCAACCUCUCUGCAGAUCUGCCCCAGGGGCUCCCCGAGGGCAUCAUCAUGCUAUGUGUGAACUCGAACCUGGACUUGGCCUCGAGCAUCAUUGAGAAGUGCGCCGAAGAGCGCGCCAUUCCAGAAAUCGAAGACUUGAUAGAGCCCGAGCUGGAGGCACGGCGCCGUCAUCGCCUCCAGCGGCCCUCGGAUCCCUACAUGGACCAUGGCUUGAGCCGCUGGGCAAUGACUAUUCCCCAUCCGUUUAAGCUGCAGCCCAGUCUCUCUGGCCUCAACGCCGAGCAGAUGGCGAUUUACGACGAUUUCGUCCGUCAGUCGAGGGUAGCCCCCACGUCAUCAGGGCCAUCGCAUGCACCGUCUGCGUCUGAUGCUAGGUCCAUCGCAAACGAGGCCCUCGGUGAACAGUUCAGUGCCGUCAGCAACAUCCCAACUCCUGCCGAGACCCCGGCGAUGCCUCACCUGGGAGUGCAGCUCCAGCACUACCCCCAAGCCCACGCGGGGCUCACUAAUGGCCGACAGACGGGCAUCAACCAGAUUGACUCGAGGAGCAUUGCCGAGAGAGUGACCAAGCUCCUCGAGCAACUAACCAACGCGGCAGCAAGCGCUACCGAGGAGCACUUCAGCGACCUUCCUCGCUCGCAUCCGGUUCUGGAUCUCGUUGACGCCUUGGUCCAACUUAUCAUCAAGACGCAACAGACGUCAGAGGAGUUCGCGGCAUUCGCGGCUAACCAGAUCUCCCAGCUCCUUUUCCGCCAACCCGAGGGCGAUGUGGUGCUGGAGUGCCUCGUCCAUGUCCUCGAGACACUGCGCAAGAUUGCCGGGCCCAUCAUCAGCGAGCAGAUUCGUCAGCUGUUCCACCAACAGCCCGGACAGCUGUUUCUUAACCUACCCCUUAUCAACGCGCUGCUCCCGACCGACCUCCUCGACUGGAGAAGCAUCGAUGCCGCUACGGCCAAGCUUCUUCAACAAAGGAAGGAAGGGACCAUCGCAUUCCUCGAGCAACUUAUGGACCUCACCCUUCUGAACGACAGCCCGCUCGCGCUCUAUGCCGACUUCGUGCGCAGCCUGGAAGAGGCAUGGUCAUGGAUCACGGAGGACCCGGAUGUUCCGGGCGCGGCACGGUUCAAGUCCAAGAUCCUCGCCCCGGCACCGGAGCUGCCUCCUCAUCUUAACCAGCAAGAGCUCGAUACUAUCCAGCUCGACCAGAUGGACUAUGUGUUUGAGGAGUGGAUUCACCUGUGCAACAACCGCUUUGCCACCGAGAAGUCAGCCAUGAUAUUCGUCCAGCAGAUGCACUCACGUGGCGUCGUCAGCAACAAGGAUGACUUUCUCCUCUUCACCCGCCACGCCCUCGAUAAAUCCGUGGAGCGCUUUGAGCAGACCCUGCAAGCCGGUGGCGGGUUGACUGAGGCGUACCAACCCAUCGAGUCACUGGUCAGGAUGAUCUUGAUCUUCGUCAAAUCGCACACAGAUGGCGAACACUCCAGCAGUGUGGCUUUCUUGGGGUCGGUGCUGUCCCUCGGCGUGUUGGUGUUGAACAACCACCACCUUAAGCGCGGAGAUGGUUUCAACCAGCGCGUCUUCUUCCGUUUCUUCUCGCUCAUCCUACAUGAGGUGGCGGAUCUCGCGCCCCAUCUUGCCGAGCGGGAUUACCAGCAGAUCAUUCUGACUUUCGCGAACCGGCUCUACGAUCUCCGGCCGGCACUUUACCCCGGCUUCACCUUCGCCUGGGCCGAUCUCCUGAUCCAUCGCAGCUUCCUCCCCGUCAUCCUUCGGCUGCACGACGAAGCCGGAUGGGCACCAUUCACGAAGCUGCUCACGCAGUUCUUUGUGCACCUCGGCGAACUGUUGAAGCCACUCUCCGUUUCUACCCUCGCCAAGGGCAUGUACCAUGGCGCGUUGAGGUUGUUGUCCGUUCUCCAUCACGACUUCCCUGAAUACCUCGCCGCAAACCACGUCGAGUUGUGCCAAAGCCUGCCGCCGCACGUGACGCAGCUUGUCAACUUCAUUCUUACCGCCACACCGGCUGCGUUCGACAAGCAAACAGAUCCCACGCAACCGGGGCUCAAGACAGAUCGGAUUCCUGAGAUGAGAGAGCCCGCCCCGACGAUGUUCGAUUCGGCCAGCCUUCUCCGGGAAAUUGGUCUGCUUGAUAUUCUCGAGCACGCGCUGCAGAGUGGCCCGUCAGAAGAUGCCAUCGCCCAGAUUAACCACGCUAUCAACAAGGUUGAGCAGGAGGAAUCCAGCUUUGGCUACGUCCCCAUGGCCGUGAACCGACGGGUCGUUGACGCGGUGAUCGCGCAGUUUGCCCACUUCGCCGUGUCCCGCUCGAGCGCGAAGAGCGAGACGCCGAUUUUCGUGUCUGGGGCGUCGGACGCCAAAACCCUGCACAUGCUCGUGACCGAGGUCUCCCCUGAGGCGAGGUACUACCUCCUCAACAGCAUGGUCAACGAGCUCCGGUUCCCGAACGCGUCCACAAACUACUUCAGCCACGCGCUGGUCGAACUCUUCGGCCAGGACAUGUCGGACCCGGAGGAGACGGAUAUUCGCCAACAGAUUACACGCAUCCUGCUGGAGAGGGUUAUCGGGUACUGGCCGCAGCCGUGGGGGCUGAUGGUCACUACCUUGGAACUUCUCAAGAACGAGAGCUUCCACUUCUUUGACUUGCCGUUCAUCAAGUCGUCGCCAGAGGUUGCUCAACGGUUCGCUGAGCUUCUCCGGCCGGCGGCUUAG